ACAGAAAGGGGGCGUGGUUAUUAGACUAUAUAAGGAACCGUGGUCGGCUGCAGCGGGAGAGUUUGAGGUGAUACUCGAGACUUUAAAGAGGACGAGGAUUUUCAGGACACAUUCAUCACCUGUAUAAAAGGUCAUUAAGCAGCAGAUAUGAUGGAGCUCAACAUUAAAGUCCUGAGCGGGGAAACGAAGACCGUGCACGUGAAUCCAGGUGCUACAAUCGGUCAACUCAAGCAUAAAGUCGCCCAAAUCUUUAAUGCAAGUCCUCUACGGAUGAAGCUUUCUGUCACCAAUGGGCGAGUGGUGCAGCUGGACAAUGACCAGAUGACUGUGAACCAUUAUGGUCUGAGUUCAGGAGCCACCGUGAUGCUGCUGAUCUCCAUGACUCCCGUGCCACUUCAGGUGUUCGUGAAGAAUGAGAAGGGGCAGACGAAGACAUAUGACAUUACUGAUGAAGAAACCGUCGAUCAGUUGAUGAGAAAGGUCCGCCAAAAAGAAGGAACACCAGAGGACCAGCAGCGGCUGAUCUUCAAUGGUAGACAGCUGGACUCUGGCAGGAAGCUGCAGGAUUACGACAUUGUUUCUGGAAGCACCAUUCAUAUGACCCUCCGUCUGCGUGGAGGCUGAUGGGACAGAAACACUUGGAGAUCAUUUUAGCCUAAAAAAUGUAACAUGAUUCAUCUCGUAAUGUUUGUUACAGAUUACUGAGGUGUCUUCAUUCUUAUUGCAAUCAACUGAUUCUUCCAGUCAAUUGUCCAGUCAAUUUCUCCAGAAUCAUUUCUGAAUAUUCCAGAAUCUUUUGUAUUGUGUCUUAAUUUCAGAAUCUUAAUGUAUUGUAUUAAGUUUGCUUGCUUUAACAGUGAUAUUUUUUGCUUUUAGAAUGAUUUAUUAGCAAGUAUUAUAAAAAAUGUCCGAAUAAUAUUUUUAAAAAUGUGCAUUUAUUAUGUUUAUGUAAUUGCUUUCUUGAGCAACAUGUCAGUGGUUGAAAGAUUACUGUAAAAUGGAUUGUUAAGGACUUGCUGUUAGGACCUGUAAAGGACCACAGUAAUAAAAAAUAACUGUGAUAGUUUAUUUUCUUAUGGGCCUUCUGAAUAAAUUAAUAUAAUUUUUAUUUAAAUAAAAAUAUUUAUCAUAAUGACUCAUUUGCAUUGCCUUUUCUCUGCAGUGAAAGGACAUAGAUAUUAGUUAUAAUAUAAGCCUAGUAAUGCUAGUUAGCUAGUUAUAGCAUUAGUCUACAUAUACUUUAUAAACAUUUUCCAGUAAGCUUUUAAAGUCCUGGUUUAUUACUCAGUAACAUGAAACGUCACUGAGUAAGGGUCAAAAAACUCAAUCAAGAUGAAGUGAAUUUUAACAACAGCACAUGUACGAGUCAUGUUUUCAUUAAAAUAUAGUACACAGUUACAUGAUUAUCCUGGUCUAUAUAAGCAACCAUUACCAUGUAGCAAAUG